AUGACGCCUGCCAAAAAUCGUCGUAUGCCCAUUAAUUGCGAGCCUUGCCGAUCGAGAAAGAUACGAUGCAUUCGUAACCUAGCUCAAGGUCCAUGCCAGACCUGUGCCCGCCGAGGAGUAUCUCCUUCGGAAUGCGUAUUUCUGAGACGAAACCUUCUGGAUCAAAACGCGACAGCACAACCUCCAAGCACCGUUACCAAUGAUGAACUUCUCGAACGUAUCCAAAGUCUGGAAAGUCUACUACGACGGCAAUCCGACGCGUCUCAAUCUGACUACUCUCUCUCUCGCGAUGCUCUGGCUCCAACACCGCCAACAACGAAUGACACUUUAUCUCAGUCGACCUAUGCCGAGUCAUCUGCCGUCUCAAUACUCUUGCCUCUGAGUACUUCACAGCCAAGGAACCUGUCAGGGAUGCUUCAUGUAUCAAAUUCUGGACAUGUUCGGUAUCGGCCGUAUGCUUCACAGUGGAACUCUCUUCUGAACGCAUCUGCUCUGACUGGAACCGCGGUUACGUUUGGCCAUGACCCUGCGGAUGAAGAGACAUCCUUCCCUUUCGACAUGUCGUCUCGAUUAACCAUUCAAGACCUCGUCGCAAGAUUGCCACCAGCAAGGCAAUGCGAUAUGUUGAAAGACGUCUUCUUCGAAGUCUUUUCUUCUCUCUUCCACAUUUUGCAUGAGCCAACCUUCCAUUCUGACUAUGCUCGAUUUCAAACGAACCCCGAGUCGAUGAGCUUUUCCUGGCUGGCUCUUUUGUUUGUCAUUUUGAGCAUCGCAGUGACUGCCGUAGAUGAGGAAGAUGACAUCCUUCGAGACCUCGGACGGCAACCAACGGCUUCUGAUAAUAUGGACAUGCUGUCGGCGCAAUACCGAAAAGAUACCAUGGCAUGUCUUCACGCCGAUCAGUAUCUCUGGCGAUACAAUGUUACUACACUUCAGACAUUAAUACUCAUUAUUUACGGAAUCAAUCACACGCAUGGAAAUACAUGGGCACUCCUCGGCCUCUCUCGUAACAUCGCAAUUGGAUUAGGUUGCCACGUGGAUCCAGAAAGUUUUGCACUGGAUCCAAUACAGUCGGAAGAGCGGAGGCGGUGCUGGGCAGGGUUGAUGAUGCUUCAUAUCAUACAGAACACGUCUAUGGGAAUAUUCGAUCAGCUCCCCAACUACCACCAAGUCAAACUUCCCGCAGAUGUCGACGACGACGACCUCGCUACGAUGUCGAUGGCGACCUCAUCUAAAACACCAACAAAGAUGACCUAUAUGCUGUUCAAAUUCCGCAUGUACUCUUUAUGCUCAAAGAUCUGUGAGAAGAUCUUCGGUCCCAAUGUCCCACCUUACGAAUGGUUGCUCGAGCUUGAGAACGAAAUAUUCGGUGAACAGGACGAAUGGAAUGCGCGCUAUCUAUCCGACACAAAUUUUGGCGAGGUGCCGGUGUAUCACACCGUGCAUCUGAACAUACUAUACGGCUACGCGCACCAAGUUAUGCUUCUUUUACACCGGCCCGCGCUCAUGGACACUGCAUACGGGUAUUCGGCGGAUCAGAGGCUCCAUUCUCGGAAACGGUGUAUCGAAAGCGCCCGCGGCCUUCUCGGGAUCCAUCGCACACUAUUCGAGACGCCUCAAUACAAGCCUUUUGCAUGGUAUAACCGCGGUCUCGGCAGUUUUCAUGCCUUUCAUGCUGCUGCCGUUCUCAUUUUGGCUCUCGCAGCGGGGCCCCACGAUCCUCAAAUUGAGUUGGAGCUUACGAGUUCUUUGCAAACGUUUCAAAGAAUGGCAGCGGAAAGCAGGAUGUGCGCGAAAGCGGCACCACUUCUUCAACAGCUCUUAGCAUACAUACGACCAGAGCGUAACAGCGAGGUACGCAGUGAUAACCACAGCACCACAGAGUCCUUCGAUAUUACAAGCAUCCCCGGCAUGCAGGAUCUCAUCGCUCGACUCCAACCUCAACAGUGGUUAAGCCCGUCCGCAAUGCCUUGGGGAGAGUGGGACUUUCUUCUCGACAGCAACAAUUUUCAACCAGCUAUUGUUACAUGA